UGUUGUGUGGAUUGCUCAUGCAGAAAACUUCCGUCUUUAUCCAGAGAACAAAUAUUCUAAAAGAGUUGGGAGGUAAUCCAUAGACAAGCAGGGAAUUCAGACGACUAUCUCUGUAUUCCCCCCGCCCCACAGGCAUCACCUGGGCUCCCCAAUCGAGCGUGCUUGGGAGUGGAUGAAGCUCCGCCCAUCCUCUCAGCACCACGCCAGCGAUGACAAUGGAAGAGAUUAAGGGAGAUGAAGCGGAGACGGCCUCGAUGGUUUCCAUGACGCUCUAUGCCGUAAUGUACCCAGUCUUCAGCGAGUUGGAAAGGGUCAACCUGUCUGCAACCCAGACCCUGCGGGCAGCUUUCAUAAAGGCAGAGAAGGAGAACCCAGGACUCACCCAGGAGAUCAUCAUGAAGAUCUUGGAGAAAAAGAGUGUUGAGGUCAACUUCACGGAGUCCUUGUUGCGCAUGGCUGCAGACGACGUCGAAGAAUAUAUGAUUGACAGGCCAGAGCGAGAGUUUCAGGAGCUGAAUGAAAGAGCCCGGGCGCUGAAACAGAUUCUCAGCAAAAUCCCCGAUGAGAUCAACGACCGAGUACGCUUCCUGCAGACUAUCAAAGAUAUAGCAAGUGCCAUCAAAGAACUGCUGGAUACAGUGAACAAUGUCUUCAAGAAAUACCAGUAUCAGAACAGAAGGGCACUGGAGCAUCAGAAAAAAGAGUUUGUGAAAUACUCCAAGAGCUUCAGUGACACUCUGAAAACAUACUUCAAAGAUGGAAAGGCAAUAAAUGUGUUCAUCAGUGCCAACCGACUCAUCCAUCAAACCAACCUGAUCCUUCAGACCUUCAAAACUGUUGCAUAGGAGUGAUCUCUGUGAUCGCUAUGAUUACCCCCCCCCCCCCCCUUUUUUUUUUUAAACUAUUAUAUAACCUUUAUAUGAACAUGUAAAAACUUUCAGACUGUAUAAUUUAUCAAUCUUGAGUUAUGGGGCAAACUCUUAAGCUGGAUCCUUGCUUUUUCUGUAAAAAAAAAAAUCUUCUCCUCUAGCUGGGAUAAAAGCCUGGUUUUUCAUGCCAUUUAAUUUUUGACUUCAGCUGUUGCUGAAGAGCUCCCCUCUCUGUCUCUGUCUCUCUCUGUCUCUCUCUCACACAUUCACUCUCUCUCACUCUCAUAUAUCAUUCACUGUGUGUCCAUUUGGCCUACUGAGUCUGAAGGGAAGCAUGAGAAGACAACAGCAGACCUGCUCUCUGUAAAUACUGGACUGUUCUUGACCCAUCUGAUAUUCUGAGAAGACAGAUGGGAGUUGUAUAUUUAAUAAAUAUUUGGUAGCAGAAAUAUUCAAAUAAACACGCUGCACAUGUUGGAAA